GCCUGCCCUGUCUCAGACGGAGCCAUGGAAGAGGUGGUGAUCGCAGGCAUGUCCGGGAAGCUGCCCGAGUCAGAAAACCUGCAGGAGUUCUGGGACAACCUGCUGAACGGCGUGGACAUGGUCACAGACGAUGACCGGAGAUGGAAAGCCGGGCUCUACGGCCUGCCUCAGCGGUCAGGCAAGCUGAAGGACCUGUCCAAGUUCGACGCCUCCUUCUUCGGCGUCCACCCCAAGCAAGCCCACACGAUGGACCCUCAGCUCCGACUGUUGCUGGAAGUCACCUACGAAGCCAUCGUGGACGCAGGCAUCAACCCAGCCUCCCUUUGCGGCACCAGCACUGGCGUCUGGGUGGGCGUGAGUGGUUCCGAGGCCGCGGAGGCCCUCAGCCGGGACCCCGAGACGUUGGUGGGUUACAGCAUGGUGGGGUGCCAACGGGCCAUGAUGGCCAACCGACUGUCCUUCUUCUUCAACUUCAAAGGGCCCAGCAUCGCCCUGGACACAGCCUGCUCCUCCAGUUUGAUGGCCCUGCACAGCGCCUUCCAGGCCGUGCGCAGCGGGGAGUGCCCUGCAGCCAUCGUGGGCGGCAUCAACCUGCUGCUGAAACCCAACACGUCGGUGCAGUUCAUGAAGCUAGGCAUGCUGAGUCCUGAGGGCACCUGCAAGUCCUUUGACCACGCCGGGAACGGGUACUGCCGGGCUGAGGCCGUGGUGUCCAUCCUCAUCACCAAGAAAUCCCUGGCCAAGCGGGUGUAUGCCACCAUCCUGAAUGCGGGCACCAACACUGAUGGCUACAAGGAGCAAGGUGUGACCUACCCCUCCGGAAAGGCCCAGGAGGAGCUCAUCCGCUCUGUGUGCAAGGUGGCCGGGGUGGCCCCUGAGUCCCUGGAGUACAUCGAAGCCCACGGCACUGGCACCAAGGUGGGGGACCCCCUGGAGCUCAACAGCAUCGACCAGGCCCUGUGUGCCAACCGCCAGAGCCCGCUGCUGAUCGGGUCGACCAAGUCCAACAUGGGGCAUCCCGAGCCUGCUUCAGGACUCGCAGCCCUGGCCAAGGUGCUGCUGUCCCUGGAGCACGGGCUGUGGGCUCCCAACCUGCACUUCCAGAAGCCCAAUCCUGAGAUCCCAGCACUGCAGGACGGGCGGCUGCAGGUCGUGGAUCGGCCCCUCCCAGUUGGCGGCGGCAUCGUGGGCAUCAGCUCCUUCGGCUUCGGGGGCGCCAACGUGCACGUCCUCCUGCAGCCCAACGCCAGGCCGCCCCACGCGCCUGCCCCACCUGCCCUGCCCCAGCUGCUCCGGGCCAGUGGGCGCAGCCCCGAAGCCGUGCAGAACCUCCUGGAGCAGGGCCAGAGGCACAGCCAGGACCUGGCCUUCCUCAGCUUGCUCAACGAUAUCGCAGGCACCCCGGCCUCCGCCAUGCCCUUCCGCGGCUACACGGUCCUGGGCAGCCGGCUUGGAGGCCAGGAGGUGCAGCAGGCGCCCGCCGGCCACCGCCCGCUCUGGUUCAUCUGCUCCGGCAUGGGCACGCAGUGGUGCGGCAUGGGGCAGAGCCUCAUGCGUCUGGACAGCUUCCGUGAGUCCAUUCUGCGCUCAGACGAAGCCAUAAAGCCAUAUGGUCUGAAGGUGUUGGACCUGCUGCUGCGUGCAGACGAGAGCACGUUUGAUGACAUCACGCAAGCCUUUGUCAGCCUCACUGCCAUCCAGAUCGCGCUCAUUGACCUGCUGACUGCCAUGGGGCUGCAGCCGGAUGGCAUCAUCGGGCACUCCCUGGGCGAGGUGGCCUGCAGCUAUGCCGACGGCUGCGUGUCGCAGGAAGAGGCCAUGCUGGCCACAUACUGGAGGGGCCAGUGCAUCAAGGAGGCCAACAUCCCGCCAGGCGCCAUGGCGGCCGUGGGCCUGUCCUGGGCUGAGUGCAAGGAGCGCUGCCCCCCUGGUGUGGUGCCCGCCUGCCAUAACUCCAAGGACACGGUCACCAUCUCAGGGCCUCAGGACUCCGUGGCUGAGUUCGUGGAGCAGCUGAAGCAGGAGGGCGUGUUUGCCAAGGAGGUGCGGACAGGAGGCAUGGCCUUCCACUCCUAUUUCAUGGACUCCAUCGCGACCCCACUGCUGCAGGCGCUAAAGAAGGUGAUCCGGCAGCCACGUCCACGCUCGCCACGCUGGCUCAGCACCUCCAUCCCCGAGGCCCAGUGGCAGAACAGCCUGGCGCGCACAUUCUCGGCCGAGUAUAACGUCAACAACCUCGUGAGCCCCGUGCUGUUCCAGGAGGCGCUGUGGCACGUGCCCGAGCACGCCGUGGUGCUGGAGAUCGCGCCCCACGGACUGCUGCAGGCCGUCCUAAAGCGAGGCCUCAAGUCCACCUGCACCAUUAUCCCGCUGAUGAAGAAGAACCACGAGGACAACCUGGACUACUUCCUUACCAGCAUCGGCAAGCUCCACCUCUCCGGCAUUGACGUCAACCCCAACGGCCUGUUCCCGCCCAUGGAGUUCCCGGCCCCGCGGGGUACCCCGCUCAUCUCCCCCCUCAUCAAGUGGGACCACAGCCAGACCUGGGACGUGCCCGCGGCCGAGGACUUCCCCAGUGGCUCCGGCUCCUCUUCAGCCACCAUCUACAACAUUGAUGUCAGCCCCGAGUCCCUUGACCACUACCUGGUGGACCACUGCAUCAACGGACGUGUCAUCUUCCCUGCCACCGGCUAUGUGUACUUGGUCUGGAAGACGCUGGCCCGCACCCUAGGCCUGGUCAUGGAUCAGAUGCCCAUAGUGUUUGAGGACGUGGUCCUGCACCAGGCCACCAUCCUGCCCAAGACGGGGACCGUGUCCUUGGAGGUGCGGCUCCUGGAGGCCUCCUGCACCUUUGAGGUGUGCGAGGGGGGUAACCUGAUAGUCAGUGGAAAGGUGUACCGCUGGGAGAAUCCCGACCCCAGAGUCUUCGACAACCAGGACGGCCUGGCUCCUGCAGACCCCACAGACCCUGUGGCCAUGUACCACCUGACCCAGGGCGACACGUACAAGGAGCUACGGCUGCGUGGCUAUGACUAUGGCCCCCACUUCCAGGGCAUCCUCGAGGCCGAUCUGAGCGGCGCCACGGGGAAGCUGCUGUGGAAGGACAACUGGGUGACCUUCCUGGAUGCCAUGCUGCAGAUGUCCAUCUUGGGCUCCGCCCAGCGAAGCCUGGUCAUGCCCACCCGCCUGGGCGCCAUCCACAUCGACCCCCUCACCCACCAGCAGAGGCUGCAGGAUGCGGCCCAAGGUGGCCCCGCCCCCAGCCCCGCAGCGGCCGUGGUGGUGAACAGCUACCUGCGCAGCGUGGCGGCGGGCGGGGCCGUCAUCUCGAGGCUGCACUCCUCACUGGCUCCACGGCGACAGCAGGAGCAGCUCACGCCGGUCCUGGAGAAGUUCUGCUUCACACCACACCUGGAGACCGAGUGCCUGGCGGACAGCGAGGCCCUGCGGGCAGAGCUGCGUCUAUGUACAGGGCUGGCGCAGACGCUGCAGGCCAAGGCAGCCCACCAGGGGCUAAAGAUGGCCGUACCUGGCCUGGCUGGGGCUGCAGCCCCCCGGGACCCUCCGCAGCACGGUCUGGCGAGGCUAUUGGCGGCCGCGUGCCAGCUCCAGCUGAACGGGAACCUACAGCUGGAGCUGGGCCCAACCCUGGCCCAGGAGCGCCUCACGCUGGCUGACGACCCCCUGCUCGCUGGCCUUCUGGAUGGACCGGCACUCAAGGCCUGUGUGGACACGGCCCUGGAGAACUUGAGCAGCCCACAGAUGAAGGUGGUAGAGGUGCUGGCUGGGGAGGGCCGCCUGUACAGCCGGAUCCCGACACUACUCCACACCCAGCCUCUGCUGAAGCUGGACUACACGGCCACUGACCGCUACGAGCUGCCCCAGCUGCAGCAGCCCGACGUGGCCCAGGUGCAGUGGGACCCGUUGGAGCCUGCGCCCAGCAGCUUGGGCACAGCUGACCUCUUAGUGUGCAACUGCACCGUGGCCCAUCUCGGCGACCCCGCCACAGCCCUCAGUAACAUGGCGGCGGCCCUCAAGGAGGGUGGCUUCCUGCUGCUACAUACCAUGCUCAGUGGACACACACUCGGGGAAACUGUGGCCUUCCUCACUGCCACCAAGCUCCUGAGCCAGGACGAGUGGGAGGGCCUCCUCACCAAGGCCGCGCUGUGCCUCGUGGGCCUGAAGCGCUCCUUCUACGGCUCCGUGCUCUUCCUGUGCCGCCGGCUAGCCCCCCCAGACAGUCCCAUCUUUCUUCCCGUGGAGGACCCCAGCUUCCAGUGGGUGAACUCCUUGAAGAGCAUCAUGGCCGACAACUUCCCCCGGCCCGUGUGGCUGACGGCCAUCCGUUGUGCCACCUCGGGCAUCUUGGGCCUGGUGAACUGUUUGCGCAAGGAGCCUGGGGGCCACCGUGUGCGGUGCAUUCUGGUGUCCAACCUCAGCAGCACGUCCCCUGUGCCCUCAAUGGACCCAGGCUCCCCCGAGCUGCAGAAAUUGCUGCAGAAGGACCUAGUGAUGAACGUCUAUCGCGAUGGUGCUUGGGGGGCCUUCCGCCACUUCCCACUGGAGCAAGGCAAGCCAGAGGAGCAGACAGAACACGCCUUUGUAAACGUGCUGACGCGCGGAGACCUCUCUUCCAUCCGUUGGGUGUGCUCCCCGCUCCGCCAUGCCGGUCCCUCCACCCCCGGCACCCAGCUCUGCCGCGUCUAUUACGCCUCACUCAACUUCCGUGACAUCAUGCUGGCCACGGGCAAGCUCUCACCCGACUCCAUCCCAGGCAAGUUCGCCACCCACGACUGCAUGCUGGGUAUGGAGUUCUCCGGCCGGGAUAGCAGCGGCAAGCGCGUGAUGGGGCUGGUGCCUGCAGAGGGCCUCGCCACCUCUGUCCUCCUGUCCUCCGACUUCCUGUGGGACGUGCCCCCUGGCUGGACCCUGGAGGAAGCGGCCUCGGUGCCAGUGGUCUACACGACAGCGUACUACUCGCUGGUGGUGCGCGGGCGCAUUCGGCGUGGCGAGACCGUGCUCGUGCACUCGGGCUCGGGCGGCGUGGGCCAGGCGGCCAUCAGCAUCGCCCUCAGCCUGGGCUGCCGCGUCUUCACCACCGUGGGGUCGGCCGAGAAGCGUGCGUAUCUGCAGGCCCGCUUCCCGCAGCUUGGUGAGGACAGCUUCGCCAACUCCCGAGACACGUCCUUUGAACAGCAUGUGCUGCGGCAAACGGCCGGGCGAGGCGUUGACCUGGUCCUGAACUCCCUGGCGGAGGAGAAGCUGCAGGCCAGUGUGCGGUGCCUGGCACAGCACGGCCGCUUCCUCGAAAUUGGCAAGUUCGACUUGGCCAACAACCACGCACUGGGUAUGGCCGUCUUCCUGAAGAAUGUGACCUUCCAUGGCGUCUUGCUGGACGCACUCUUCGAGGAAGCUGGGGCCGACUGGCAUGAGGUGGCCGAACUGCUUCGGGCGGGCAUCCGCAACGGUGUGGUGCAGCCCCUCAAGUGCACCUUGUUCGCCAAGGACCAGGUGGAGGAAGCUUUCCGCUACAUGGCGCAGGGCAAGCACAUCGGCAAGGUGGUGGUCCAGGUGAGACGAGAGGAGCAGGGCGUGGUGCCACAGGACGUCCCACCAGUCCUGACCACGGCCAUUUCCAAGACAUUUUGCUCAGCUCACAAGAGCUACAUCAUCACUGGCGGCCUGGGUGGCUUUGGCCUCGAGCUGGCCCAGUGGCUCGUGCUACGGGGAGCCCAGAAGCUAGUGCUGACCUCCCGCUCAGGGAUCCGGACAGGCUACCAGGCCAAGCAGGUCCGUGAGUGGAGGCGCCAGGGCGUCCAGGUGCUCGUGUGCACCAGCAACGCCAGCACGCUGGAGGGCGCGCGCGGUCUGAUCGCAGAGGCUACACAGCUCGGAACUGUUGGGGGCGUCUUCCACCUGGCCAUGGUGCUGAGAGAUGCCAUGCUGGAGAACCAGAGCCCCGAGUUCUUCCAGGACGUGAUCAGCCCCAAGUACAGUGGGACGCUGAACCUGGACAGGGUGACCCGGGAAGCCUGCCCCAAGCUGGACUACUUUGUGGUCUUCUCAUCCGUGAGUGGCGGACGUGGCAAUGCCGGUCAGAGCAACUACGGCUUUGCCAACUCUGCCAUGGAGCGCAUCUGUGAGCAGCGCCAGCAUGACGGCCUCCCAGGCUUGGCCGUGCAGUGGGGCGCCAUUGGCGACGUGGGUGUCGUCAUGGAGAUGAUGGGUAUGAAAGACACGGUCAUCGGAGGCACCCUGCCCCAGCGCAUUGUCUCCUGCCUGGAGGUGUUUGACCUGUUCCUGAACCAGCCCUACCCCGUGCUGAGCAGCUUUGUGCUGGCCGAGAAGGCCACAGGGCGCAGCGAAGGGGACGGCCAGCAGGACUUGGUGGGGGCCGUGGCACACAUCCUGGGGAUCCGCGACCUGGCGUCCAUCAACCCCGACAGCUCACUGGCAGACCUGGGCCUGGACUCGCUCAUGGGUGUAGAGGUGCGGCAGUUGCUGGAGCGGGAACACGACCUGGUGUUGCCCAUGCGUGAGGUUCGGCUGCUGACCAUACACAAGCUGAAGGAGCUCUCGUCACAGGCCCCCAAGGGUGUGUCCCUGGCAUCCCCUGGGGUCAAGGAGGACAGCUUGGAGGCCCAGCAGCAGGCGCAGCUGAACCUGAGCACGCUGCUAGUGAACCCUGAGGCCCCGACGCUGACGCGACUCAACACUGUGCAGAGCUCCGAACGGCCCCUCUUCCUGGUGCACCCUAUCGAGGGCUCCAUCGCCGUGUUCCACAGCCUGGCAGCCAGGCUGAGCAUCCCCACCUAUGGCCUGCAGUGCACUCGAGCCGCACCCCUGGACAGCAUCCAGAGCUUGGCCGCCUACUACGUGGACUGCAUCCGGCAGGUGCAGCCUGAGGGCCCUUACCGCAUUGCCGGCUACUCCUACGGGGCCUGUGUGGCCUUCGAGAUGUGCUCCCAGCUCCAAGCACAGCAGGGCCUCGCCCACAACAGCCUCUUCCUGUUUGACGGCUCCCACUCCUACGUGGUGGCCUACACCCAGAGCUACAGGGCCAAGAUGACCCCGGGCUGCGAGGCUGAGGCCGAGGCUGAAGCCAUCUGCUUCUUCGUGCAGCAGUUCACGGAUGUGGAGCACAGCAGGGUGCUGGAGGUGCUGCUGCCCUUGAAGGACCUGGAGCAGCGCGUGACGGCCGCGGUGGACCUCAUCGCUCAGAGCCACCGCGGCAUCGACCGCCAGGAGCUCAGCUUCGCAGCCUUCUCCUUCUACCACAAGCUGCGUGCAGCCGAGCAGUACGCGCCCAAGGCCAAGUACCACGGCAACGUCACGCUGCUGCGCGCCAAGACCGGCGGCACCUACGGCAACGAUCUGGGUGCCGACUACAACCUGUCCCAGGUGUGUGACGGCAAGGUGUCUGUGCACGUCAUCGAGGGCGACCACCGGAGCCUGCUGGAGGGCAGUGGCCUGGAGGCCGUCGUCAGCAUCAUCCACAGCUCCCUGGCCGAGCCGCGGGUCAGUGUGCGGGAAGGCUAG